AUGAUAAAAUUAUUAUAAAAAUACACCAAAUUUACAAAUACCCUUCCCACAUAUAUUUCAUUUAAUUUUUCUAAAUGGUCAAAGCCUAAGAAAUCCAGCAAACCAAAACAAAGAAAAGUCGGAUAUGCAAUAUCAGAUGAAAAAGCCGCAAAACUCUCAUAAUCCGAAAAUGAAAUCGAAUAAAAAAAAGCCAAAGAAAAAGCUUUAUAAACCGACUAAUUUAAACCAGAAAAACAUAUAAAAACCCAAAUUGCAGAUUAUGACUAAUAACUUACUGACGAUAGGCUUUUUUCUCUUCUUUCUGAUUAUAAUUUCCGUUUUCAAGGUAAAAGAUUAGUUUAACCCAAAAAAACUCCCGAACAAAUCCAAGAAUUUUAAAAAAUUGAGGAAAAAAAAAUUAUCUACCCUAAUCCAAAUUCCAUUCCUUAAAAAUAACCCCCUGGUCUUUUUAGAAAAGCCGACGUAGUUUACUUCAAUCCCGAAAAUCUAGUCAAUUAGAAAUUCAAAAGCUAACUUAAGCCAAUAUCACCAACCAAAACCUCCAAAAGAACCGGAGUUCUUGGCUAUAAACUAGGAAUGACCUCCAUAUGGGACAAAUGGGGAACUUUAGUCCCUUUAACAGUCAUAUAACUAGAUAGAUGUUAAGUUGUUUAAGUAAAAACUGAAGAAAAAGAAGGAUAUAAUGCCUUACAAUUAGGUAUUGGUGAAUUAAAUCCUAAGCGAAUAAAAAAGCCUUAAAUCGGUCAUUUUAUGAAAAGCAAUAUUCCUUCUAAAAAAGACUUAACCGAAUUUAAAGUGUCAAAAGACUGUCUUCUUCCCCCUGGCUUUAUGUUAAGUGCCCGUCAUUUCACUCCCGGCUAAUUAGUAGACGUAAGUGGAAUUUCAGUAGGAAAAGGUUUCCAAGGAUGCGUUAAAAGAUGGAAUUUUAAAAUGUAAGAUGCGACACAUGGUAAUUCUUUAUCACAUAGAGUUCCCGGUUCUACUGGAUAAAGGUAAGAUCCGGGAAGGGUUUUUAAAUAGAAAAAAAUGCCAGGAAGAAUGGGUUUCAAAAAGGUUAAUAUUCAUAAUUUAUAAGUUUAUAAAAUUGAUGUAGAGAAUUCUUUGGUUUAUAUUAGGGGGAAUGUACCGGGAAAACCAGGUACUUGUAUUUCUAUUAAAGAUGCUUUAUUAUAAAAAGAUUUUAAUAAUGAGUUUUUGAAUUUCCCGACAUUUAUUGAGAUGGAAGACGUUAAAUUAGCUAAUGUAAUUGUUGCUAAUCCGCCUGAAAAAGAUCCUUCGGAAGAAUAUAUCCAUGAUAAUGAUGUUAUAGAUUGA